GGGAAACAAGUAUUGCACAAGCAAUUUCACACCGCGUUUAUUGUUAUUGUUAAAUUAAGGCGCCUGAACGCGUUUAUUACGAUUAAUUAAAGACCACAACAGCCGGUGUUUGCUGCACUAUCAACUGUUUGAAAACAAAUGCAAAUCACAAAUUAGAAAAAUUGAUUAAACAAAUAGUAAACCCAACAACCAAGGCAACAACCAUCAGCACAUUUUUUUGUUGCCCAUAGCAGCAGUAGGCUAGCGCAACAAGUAAAACACAAAUAUUUUUGUGUUAAAUUAGAAAAAAAAAAACAUAGAUAAAUUCUCAAUAAAAUAUGUUGCUGCAAAAGUUUCUCGGACGUACUCUUCACACCACGCGGCGCUUUUAUGCCGCCGGCGCAGGUUUGGAGAAGAGCGCGCUGUCGGCGCUGAGGAAGAAGACCGGCUACACAUUCGCCAACUGCAAGAAGGCGCUCGAGUUGCAUAACAACGACAUCAGCCAGGCUGAGAAAUGGCUGCACGAACAGGCGCAAUCAAUGGGGUGGUCCAAGGCCACCAAAGUAGCAGAUCGUGUCACCACACAAGGAUUGGUUGGCGUGCUCAUCAAUGGCAAUCGUGGCGCCAUGGUGGAGUUGAAUUGUGAGACGGAUUUCGUGGCACGCAACGAUACAUUUAAGCGCUUCGUGGAUCACGUGUCGCGCAUUGUGCUGCACUACACGGAUCAGACCGAGUUCGACGGUGACAUCUGGAAGCUUGGCUUUGAUGCGGAUGCUCUGAAGAAUCUGGAAACGCCGCAAGGCGGCAAUCUGGCCGAUCAUCUGGCGCUGCUUAUCGGAGCCAUUGGCGAAAACGCCAGCAUACGGCGUGCCCUCUGCUUCAAGGUCAACAACGAUCUAAUGCUUACUGGGUAUGCGCAUCCAGCGCCCACAAACAUCACGACAACACAGAAUAUCACCCAGGUGGGCAAAUAUGGUGCCAUUGUCGCUUUUCGUGCACGCGACUUUGAUGAUCUGGAAGUGCAAAAGGGAAUUUGUCAGCAAAUUGUGGGAAUGAAACCCAUUAAAAUUGGCGAAUAUGGCAAGGAUAAGCCGGCGGAGAAUAAAGACGAUGAGACGUGUCUCAUUUAUCAGGAAUAUCUACUGGAUGCCGAUAAGACGGUGGGCGAAGUGCUCAAAGAGCGCGGCGUUGACAUCGUUGACUAUCAUCGAUUCGAGUGCGGCGAGCCAUCAAAACGCGAUCUCAAAGAUCUGCUGCAGGCCCAGCAGCUGAACAGCAAUUGAACAACAAUUCGAACUUGACUCUGUAGCAUCCAAAAUUUUGUUGUACACCUUUAUUGUUAAACUCGUAAAUUCUAGCCACCAUAAUAA